CUUCUGUGAAAGGAGCCCUUCUGUCGCUCGUCACUCGCUAGCUCGCUAGCUGUGGGAGGAGCCCGCCGGAGAGAGCCGUGUGCCCGGGAUGCCGAGAGCCAGAGAAUGGAUCUGCUCCGAGUGGGGACACUGCUGAGAAUCCCGGCUUCCCGAGGCGGCUAAAAUCAGACGAUUUGUCUCGGCUGGCUGCAGGGACCCGGAGGCACAAAGAGCCCGCAGCCACUCGGAGGGACGGAGCGACGGCCAGGCAGAUGGUCGGCGCGAACCGGAGAGGACCCGCGGCGGAGGCUGAGCCCGGAGAGCCGCCGAGAGAGAGAAACUAACUGCACACCAAGUUACCUCGCCGGCUUCCCCUCGCUGCGCUGAGGAAUGAAACCUUUCCAGCUCGAUUUGCUCUUCCUCUGCUGCUUCUUCUUCAGUCAAGAGCUGAGCUUCCAGAAGAGAGGAUGCUGUCUGGUGUUGGGCUACAUGGCCAAGGACAAGUUUCGGAGAAUGAAUGAAGGCCAAGUCUACUCCUUCAGCCAGCAGCCCCAGGACCAGGUGGUGGUGUCCGGACAGCCGGUGACGCUGCUGUGUGCCAUCCCUGAAUACGAUGGCUUCGUUCUGUGGAUCAAAGACGGCUUGGCCCUGGGUGUGGGCAGAGACCUCUCAAGUUACCCGCAGUACCUGGUGGUGGGGAACCACCUGUCAGGGGAGCACCACCUGAAGAUCCUGCGGGCAGAGCUGCAGGACGAUGCUGUCUACGAGUGCCAGGCCAUCCAGGCCGCCAUCCGGUCCCGCCCUGCGCGUCUCACCGUGCUAGUGCCGCCUGAUGACCCCGUCAUCUUGGGGGGACCUGUGAUCAGCCUGAGGGCCGGGGACCCCCUCAACCUCACCUGCCAUGCAGACAAUGCCAAGCCUGCGGCCUCCAUCAUCUGGCUGCGAAGGGGAGAAGUCAUCAACGGGGCCACCUACUCCAAGACCCUGCUCCGUGAUGGCAAGAGAGAAAGCAUCGUCAGCACCCUCUUCAUUUCCCCUGGUGACGUGGAGAAUGGGCAGAGCAUCGUGUGCCGUGCCACCAACAAAGCAAUCCCUGGAGGGAAAGAGACCUCGGUCACCAUUGACAUCCAGCACCCUCCACUUGUCAACCUGUCGGUGGAACCGCAGCCAGUCCUGGAGGACAAUGUCGUCACAUUCCACUGUUCUGCAAAGGCCAACCCCGCUGUUACCCAGUACCGGUGGGCCAAGCGGGGCCACAUCAUCAAGGAGGCAUCUGGGGAGGUGUACAGGACCACCGUGGACUACACGUACUUCUCAGAGCCUGUGUCCUGCGAGGUGACCAAUGCCCUGGGAAGCACCAACCUCAGCCGCACAGUGGACGUCUACUUUGGACCCCGGAUGGUCAUGGAGCCGCAGUCUCUGCUCGUGGACCUGGGCUCUGACGCCGUGUUCAGCUGUGCGUGGAUCGGGAACCCGUCCCUGACCAUCGUGUGGAUGAAGCGAGGCUCGGGUGUGGUCCUGAGCAAUGAAAAGACUCUGACCCUCAAAUCCGUCCGCCAGGAGGAUGCUGGGAAGUACGUGUGCCGAGCUGUUGUGCCCCGGGUGGGAGCCGGGGAGAGAGAGGUGACCCUGACUGUCAAUGGGCCCCCCAUCAUCUCCAGCACCCAGACGCAGCACGCCCUCCAUGGUGAAAAAGGCCAGAUCAAGUGCUUCAUCCGGAGCACACCACCUCCGGACCGCAUCGCCUGGUCCUGGAAGGAGAACGUGCUGGAGUCGGGCACAUCAGGGCGCUACACGGUAGAGACAGUCAGCACGGAGGAGGGCGUCAUCUCCACCCUGACCAUCAGCAGCAUCGUGCGGGCUGACUUCCAGACCAUUUACAACUGCACAGCUUGGAACAGCUUCGGCUCUGACACUGAGAUCAUCCGGCUCAAGGAGCAAGGUUCGGAAAUGAAGUCGGGAGCCGGGCUGGAAGCAGAGUCCGUGCCGAUGGCCGUCAUCAUUGGGGUGGCCGUGGGAGCUGGCGUGGCCUUCCUCGUGCUCAUGGCAACCAUCGUGGCCUUCUGCUGUGCCCGGUCCCAGAGAAAUCUCAAAGGUGUUGUGUCAGCCAAAAAUGACAUCCGAGUGGAGAUUGUCCACAAGGAGCCUGCCUCGGGUCGGGAGGCUGAAGAUCACUCCACCAUCAAGCAGCUGAUGAUGGACCGAGGCGAAUUCCAGCAAGACUCAGUGCUGAAGCAGCUGGAGGUCCUCAAAGAAGAGGAGAAGGAAUUUCAGAACCUCAAGGACCCCACCAACGGCUACUACAGCGUCAAUACCUUCAAAGAACACCACUCGACCCCGACCAUCUCCCUGUCCAGCUGCCAGCCAGACUUGCGUCCCACCGGCAAGCAGCGCGUGCCCACGGGCAUGUCCUUCACCAACAUCUACAGCACCCUGAGUGGCCAGAGCCGCCUCUACGACUACGGGCAGAGGUUCGUGUUGGGCAUGGGCAGCUCCUCCAUCGAGCUCUGUGAGCGGGAGUUCCAGAGGGGCUCCCUCAGCGACAGCAGCUCCUUCCUGGACACACAGUGUGACAGCAGCGUCAGCAGCAGUGGCAAGCAAGAUGGCUAUGUGCAGUUCGACAAGGCCAGCAAGGCCUCAGCCUCCUCUUCCCACCACUCCCAGUCGUCUUCCCAGAACUCCGACCCCAGUCGACCCCUGCAGCGGAGGAUGCAGACUCACGUGUGAGGACCACACACCUUGGGUGGGGAGAGGCAGGGCAGGAGGCAGGGCAAGGACCAGGGAUUCUGCUGCUGCCCUCCUCGGAAGCUCCGAUCAAGCACAGACCUGAGUUCCUGGCUGCAGCAAAGCCAGAGGCCCCAGGGCCUGGGUGGGCGGGGAAAUGGCAGUGGGGUGCAGUCAAGGGCACUGUGCUUGGUGCUGGAUGCCCUGUCCCCCACCCCUCCCUAGGGGCCCCUCCACCAUCUGCUCCUCCCAUGGCACUUGUGGCAGCUAUGACUUUCUUUCACGAACCUGCCGUCCACUCUCCGGUCCCCCCCUGGGCUUUCCCGCUACUGCCCGUCAGCCCUCCCCUCACCUGUGCUUCUAGAUGGACCUGGGGAGGACAGGGAGCUCUUCACAGUCCUGAGCACUCCAGAGACCCCAGCUCCCCCUGCAGCUCGCAGCCCAGGCCUCGGUGGCUGACAAGCCAGGAAUUGCCCUGGCCAAAGGAGCACACUGUCCAGGAGCCCACCCCCAGUGCGUUUGGUGUUUUGUGUCCAUACUCUUUCGGUUCUGUCCUGGAAGUGGGACUGGUCCAGUGCCUGUGGGAAGCGGGAGGAAGAGGGAGGAGAGUGUGAACAAUGCCUGCCUGGGGAGCCCUUCGCUGCCCACACUCCUUCCCAGGCCUGGCUCCCCUGCCCGCUUCCUGUACUCCCCUCCUCCCUGCAGCACAAUUGGAGUUAAUAUAAGGAGUGUGUGAGUCUCUGUGGUCAGGGUUCUUUGCAUAAGUCCUGGAGUGUUUCCUGAGGGUGUGGUCUGAGGGGGCUGGAGGCCAGGCCUUUCUGGGACUUGCUUUCUCAGCUGGUGAACACAAGAACAGUGAUCCUGUCUUCAGUAGGACUCAUGGGCAGGAGAGACAGUUCACCUGCACCCC